AUGUUCUUGAGAAAAAACGCAGUUGCAACGGUAAAAUCUAUCUAUCUAUCUAUCUAUCUAUCUAUCUAUCUAUCUAUCUAUCUAUCUAUUAGAGAAAUCUAUGAUGAAUCAUGCCUUAUCUAUUGCUUGCCAGAAAUAUGCUGUAAAGAGGGACUGUCGCUCGUCCUACAGAGAUCACAUUCUAGGUCCCAUGGGAAAAGCACUAUGAAGCACCCUUUGGCUUUUUGUACUUCACUGAACCUGGAAGGAAAAGACUACUCUCUUUCUCCGCCUGUUUGUUCACCUGCACCCCUCUCUUUCUCUUUCUCUCUCACAGGAGGGUGCUCUCUCAUAUGGAAGACAGCUUUCGACAUGACAAAACGGGCGAAAAAAUCUCAGAGUCGAGAAUUGUGCGAAACCUGUCAGAUGACGCUACAAUCACAGGCAUUUAAAGAAAAUAGAUUUUCUCCUAGACUGGUUGCUAACGAAAUCUUCUUCUUCUUCUUCUUCUUCUUCUUCUUCUUCUUCUUCUUCUUCUUCUACACGUUUGCUACCCUAUACAUACCCGCCUUUCUCUUUCUGCCACAACCUUUUUCAUCCUUCAUCUCUCCUUGA